AUGAAAGGGAACCCUGGUCCACCUGGAGCUUGUGGUCGAACAGAGUAUUAUGACACUGUGAUUGGUGAAAAAGGAGAUGAAGGACCCCCUGGACCUCCAGGACCAAAAGGUCAACGUGGCAUGCCUGGGCCACAGGGUCCUCCCGGGUAUGCUGGUAGACCAGGUGUGACAAGACCUGGUCUGAGAGGUCCCCCAGGAUUUCCUGGGCCAAAAGGAGCAAAAGGAGAAAAAGGACAAGCUGGCUUGUGUAUUGUAGGCCCUCCAGGACUACCUGGUAUUACUGGCAGACCUGGUCCUGUUGGAUUACCAGGUCCUCCAGGAGAACCAGGUAGAGUAACAUUUAGAACAGGCCUACCAGGACCACCUGGAGAGCCAGGGUGUACAGGACCUCCGGGACCUCCAGGAGAUACUGGCAUGAAAGGUGAUGAUGCUCAUGUGUGUACUGAUUGCAGCUAUGUUCCAGGAAUACCUGGUCGUCCUGGUUCUCCUGGGCCACAUGGGCAGGAUGGCGUGCCUGGUAGAGAAGGAACAACAGGUCCAAAGGGUUCUCCAGGUUCUUCAGGAGCACCAGGGUUUCCAGGAGCUCAAGGACCUCCAGGUUUUAGAGGAGAUCAAGGACAUAAAGGAUCAAAAGGUGAGCCAGGAUAUGUGUAUCCCGAAGGGCCAAAAGGUGAGCGAGGAGAUCCAGGGGCCAGGGGAGACAAAGGAAGAAAAGGUUCAAGUGGACUUCUGGGGAGAACUGGCUCUAAAGGAUCCAAGGGUUCUAAAGGUGAAGAGGGAUUGGCUGGUUCAAAAGGAGAUAGAGGACUCCCUGGAUUGCCUGGCAAUGUUGGUCUUCCUGGAGAGAUGGGGCUUCCUGGACUUCCAGGAUAUGGACCACAAGGAAUAAGAGGUUUCAAAGGCUCUAAAGGAAUACCUGGUCCACCUGGAUUACCUGGAGAAGCUGGUCUGAAAGGAGAGACCACUAGGGUAACUCCAUUACCUGCAUUGCCAGGACCUCAAGGACCAGAUGGUUUACCUGGACCCCCAGGACUGCCUGGUAGAGUUGGAGCAAGAGGUCAGCAAGGUGAUUCAGGACAUCCAGGGCCAACAGGUGACACAGGCUUUCCAGGGCUUGGGUUUCCUGGAAACCCAGGUCCAAAAGGAAAUAAAGGGCUUGCAGGAGGCAGAGGGUCACCAGGUUGUGAAGGAAAGAUUGGAGAUCCAGGCCGAGCUGGAAACCUAGGACAACCAGGAGAGAAGGGUGACCCAGGCAUGGUUAUUCCUGGAGAGCCAGGUAGACUGGGUUCACCAGGAGGUCGUGGCAUUCCUGGCUCAAAAGGUGAAACUGGAUUUCCAGGACUUCCAGGCCUACCAGGGAAUGCUGGACGUGAUGGUGAUGACGGCCUAAGAGGAGACCGUGGCUCACCUGGAGUUCCUGGAGAUCCAGGUUUUCCAGGGAAACCUGCUGAAUGUCUUAUUGGGCUGCCAGGUUUGCCAGGUGGCCAGGGAGCUACAGGCCCACCAGGAGGAAGAGGUUCACAAGGUUCAAAAGGAAACCUUGGUCCCCCUGGCUUGAGUAUCCCAGGAAUCUAUGGAAAGCCUGGGGAGCCUGGAUUAAUAGGUCUUCAGGGAAAUACAGGAUUACCUGGUCUCAGGGGACAGUCUGGAAGGCCAGGGAUCUCUGGGGUGCCAGGCUCAAGGGGAGAGCCAGGUAUAAUGGGCCUGUUAGGAACUCCUGGACCCCCUGGCAUGAUUGGAAGACCGGGCAACCCGGGUAUCAGAGGUUCUUCUGGCAUCCCAGGACUAAAGGGAAGAAAAGGGUUUCUUGGAGCAAAAGGUGAACUAGGUGAUAAAGGUUUUCCCGGACCAUCUGAGACCUUGGUUGGUAUUGGGACUAAAGGAGAACGAGGCUUAAAAGGACUUCAAGGAAGAAUGGGUCUAAAAGGAGAAAAAGGAGAUGCUGGUGUGCAAGGUCCCCCAGGUCUUGAUGGGUCUGAAGGAAUACCUGGUGUGCCAGGUGUCAAAGGAUUUAUGGGUCUUCCAGGGAUUCCUGGAGGACAAGGAUUCCCAGGUGCACCAGGAAACAAAGGGGACAUGGGAAUUCCAGGUCCAAAAGGACAGAAAGGAUCUCCAGGCUUUCCAGGACUACCAGGUGACCCUGGUCCACCAGGCUAUGGUGGCUUUCCAGGUGACAAAGGAGAUCGUGGGUACCCAUCUGCUGGGCCUCCAGGAGAACCUGGUCCAAAGGGAGAUCCAGGCCCCCCAGGAGCUUUGGGCAGCAAAGGAGAAAAAGGAUCCCAAGGUCAUCCAGGACAUCAGGGAGUACCAGGACCACAUGGGAUCAGAGGAGAAGCUGGAACUGCAGGAAUCCCAGGGAAGCGUGGACCUCCUGGAGAUCUUGGUGUUAAAGGACAGCAGGGCCGCCCAGGACAACAGGGCAUCGCAGGCCCUCCUGGUGCUGCUGGAGAGCCUGGAAAAAAUGGACUUGUUGGUGAAAGAGGUAAUCAAGGUCAGGACGGUAUGCCUGGUCACCCAGGAGUAAAGGGAGAACCAGGAGCACCAGGGAGAGGAAUCCCUGGCCUUCAAGGUGUGCCUGGUCGUAGAGGAAUCAAAGGAGACAUGGGACUACCUGGUUUUCCUGGGCCACCAGGUAUAAAAGGUCAUCCGGGUGAUCAAGGACCCAUUGGACCUCCUGGCUUAGUGGGGUUACCUGGAUUUCAAGGCGCAACAGGCAUGGCAAUUAUGGGCCAAAAAGGGAAUAGAGGUAUUGCUGGUGCAGAUGGAAGACCAGGUGCUCCUGGUUUUCCAGGGCCUCCUGGUCUUCCCACACUCAGCAUGAAAGGAAGCAAAGGCGUUAGAGGGGCAGAUGGGAUACCAGGGCCAACAGGCCCAGCUGGAGACACUGGUCCUCCCGGUCCAAAAGGAAUUGAAGGUCAAUCAGGCUAUCCUGGUGCUAGAGGGGACCCUGGAUUUCUUGGAUUCCCAGGUGUAAAAGGAGAAAAGGGUAAUCAAGGACCCCCUGGACCACAAGGUGCAGAAGGGCCAAGGGGACCAAAGGGCCAGCGUGGUCCACCUGGAGUCCCUGAGAGAGUAUUUUCCAUCCCAGGAAGCAAGGGUCCUCCUGGACUGCCAGGAAUCCCAGGAACGCCAGGUGAUCAAGGAAUUCAAGGGAUUCCUGGACUAGAAGGACCUAAAGGAUUAAAAGGUCUACCAGGACGUUUUGGUCAUCCAGGUCAACCGGGACUGCCUGGUCCAAAAGGAGACAGAGGAUUUCCAGGACAAAGAGGAGAACCUGGACUAAUUGGCUUUCCAGGUCUACAGGGGUUACCUGGAUUACCAGGUUCUACCACUGCUGGUCCAACAAGAAGAGGUUUUAUCUUUACCCGGCAUAGUCAAACAACAAAGAUUCCUUCAUGCCCACAUGGGACAUCGCAGAUCUAUUUUGGCUACUCGCUGCUUUUUGUACAAGGAAAUGAACGAGCACAUGGACAAGAUCUUGGAACAGCUGGUAGCUGCUUGCAGAGAUUUACCACCAUGCCAUUCUUGUUCUGUAACACCAACGAUGUUUGUAGUUUUGCUUCUCGCAAUGACUAUUCGUACUGGCUGUCAACUGCGACAGUGAUGCCAGUGGAUAUGGCACCCAUUUCUGGCAGGGCACUAGAGCCCCAUAUAAGCAGGUGUAUUGUGUGUGAAGGAGCUGCAAUGGUAAUAGCAGUUCACAGCCAAACAACAGUAGUUCCUCCAUGUCCAGAAGGCUGGGUAUCUCUCUGGAAGGGUUUUUCUUUUGUUAUGUACACAAGUGCCGGCUCAGAAGCUUCUGGCCAAGCAUUGGCAUCUCCUGGGUCUUGUUUGGAAGAAUUUCGAGCCAUCCCAUUCAUAGAGUGCCAUGGCAGGGGGACGUGCAACUACUACACAAAUUCCUACAGCUUCUGGUUGGCAUCAUUAAAUCCAAGAAGAAUGUUCAGGUAA